CUAAACGUCUGCGGGCGGAUUGUCCAGCGUAGUUCUAGUUGCCCUCCCGCGCUUCUCAAUGUCACUGUGCGGCCACCGUGCUGAGACUUGUAGUGCCACAAAGACUGGGAGGCGCAAAGCUUGCUGAAGGUGUCUCCUCCACACACACGUGUUCCCGCCCACACAAGCCCUUCCUCCCGUUAGCUGCGCAGUCACCCUCUGCAAGGAAGGUGUCCGCCAGGAUGAAGAGUAUGCUGCUGAACUCCAUAGUGGCCGUGUGUCCGCCGGGGCAGGGGAUAGGGAAGGCUGGGACGCUGCCCUGGCCUCUGCUUAGGAAUGAAUUUAAACAUUUCCAGAGGCUGACGAUGACUCCUACAGCUGAAGGCAAGAAAAAUGUAGUCAUUAUGGGCAGGAAAACCUGGUUCUCCAUUCCAGAGAAGAAUCGACCUUUAAAGGAACGAAUAAACAUAGUUCUAAGCAAGGAGCUGUCGGAGCCCCCAAAAGGCGCUCACCAUCUUGCCAAGAGUCUGGAUGAAGCUUUGGAGCUGUUAGAUACACCAGAGUUAAAAGACCAUAUUGAUCUUAUCUGGAUCAUUGGAGGCAGCUCACUUUAUAUGGAAGUUAUGAACAAGUCAGUAAACCAGAGACUAUUUUUAACCAGAAUUCAACAGGAAUUUGAAUGUGACACGUUUUUGCCAGAAAUUGAUGUCCAAUCAUACAAGCUGCUCCCAGAAUAUCCAGGCAUAUCCUCAGAAAUGCAGGAAGAAAAUGGCAUACAGUACAAGUUUGAAGUCUAUGAAAAGAUGGUUAUCUAGUUAUUGCACGCUUUGAUGUUAAUUGUAUGCACAAUAAAUGUUUUCUGCAGUUGGAAGCUUUCUUUUAA